UCUCUGUCCUUGCUCUCUGUGAUGCUGAUGUGUGUGGGUCUGACGUCUCUCUCUCUCUCUCUCUCUCUCUCUCUGUAUACCUUUGUGUGUGUGUGUGUGUACACAGGAUGAUGGAAGCUCACACUCCUUCUCAGAUCAUCACAUCAUCGUAAGUGACAGUCUGUGGUAGUUCCAUCAUGCAGCUCGAUGAAACAGACAGUGUGUUUGCUGAUCUAAAUUCAGCCAUUCCUGAGACCGAGCUGCUGGAUAACAGCAUACAGAAAAGUCGAGCACCGCUUCCUCUCAAGAGCAGGAGGAACCGACCAUCACGCUCCCGACUGACCGACAGCCUGAGCUCCACUGAGGGAGACGAGGGGCCUGACACCAGGUCUGCAGACACGCCCCUCCAAUCAGCCCCACUGCACUCGUUCCUGCGUGACUCCACCCUCACUCCGGAGCUCCUCCUCUCCUCCUUUGACUCCGCCCUUGCACGCCGAUCUCCAGAGGAUCCCAGAACUCACCGUUACCGUCAGCUUACCAACACCACAUCCCAUGAUGCACUGCUGCCCCCGGCCCCACCCUCCCCCUGCAGGUCAUGCCCCGAAACCUCCCCUGUGCACUUCCGCAGGGGCCGACGCCCUGAAAGUGAAGUGCUGGUGUCAGAUGACAGUCAGGAUGAUAACACGGCUGAGUCGGACAGUCCCACUGUGGUUCUGGAUAAAAAGACCAAAAGGAGGUUCCUGGAUUUGGGGGUAACUCUGCGUCGUUCUUAUGUCAGAGUGAAGAAGGAUAAUGCAAAAAGAUUCUCUCUGGGAAGUCGAGAGCUGUGUGAGAACAACUCCCGCCAUUCGGGAUCUUUUGUGCCUUUUUCCUGGUUUUCUGACAGUCAUCGCUCCUCCUCCACUUCCUCGUCUCCCCGCAUGGUGACUCACUCCCGCAGCCCGAGCAAGUCCGACUCUCAGGAGUCGGCGUUCAGUGAUGAGUUUUCUCCUAAAAGUCCUUUAGCUCCGUCGGAGUCUCGCUCCUCUCAUCACCCGUAUCAGACUCUGUCCCAGUCUUCAGAUGAGCGUCCAGACGAGCCUCAGUGUGUAGCGAGGUCCUGGAACACACAGCAGGUGUGUGAUUGGUUGAAAAGUUUAAACAUGGAGCAGUAUGUCCCCAAAUUCAGGGACAAAGACGUGGACGGAGAACUUCUGCUGCAGAUGGAUGGCACCAAACUCAAGGCUCUGGGUGUGUUGAACUCAUCGGAUCGCAGUGUUCUGAAGCGUCGCAUUAAGGAUAUCCACGCUGCAGCUGAGAAGGAGAGGAAAGCUCUGGGCAAGCUUGAGAAACAAAGAGAGAAGCAGCGGAAGAAAGACCAGGAGCAGAGGAAGAGUUAAAAAUGGACGAACAAAUGGGCUGCGUCCCAAACACCCCAAAAACUUUCUUAGUGUUCUUAUUAAAACGUUGGCCAUUUUGAGAAAAUCCUAGAGCACACUUACUCCAUUAGCAAGACUUCUCGAUAGCACAUUAUGGGCGAUUCUUACCCAUAAUGCACCGCUUCAGGUUUAGCAGUGAGCGAGUGGUCCUGAGCUGGUUUAUUAACACGGUGUGUAAAGUUCUAUACACUGUCUUUUACAACUUGAGACGAAACCACCUGUUUUUAUCUGUGAGGCUUUCGUUAAGCAUGCUCUAGUAUCUUGUAUGCUAACUGCUAAUUAGUGAUGAUGCAUUUCCCGAGCAGAAUAAAAUCUGAUAAUCCACCAGUCAGUAGGAACGUUGAUGAAACUUCUCCAGGUUUCUAAUGAUGACAGGUGUUACGUACGGCUAAACGAUUCAAAUGGCUAAAUAGCUAGCAUGCUAGUUAGCUGCUAUCACUGCAGGAGACACCUACAGAACCAAGAUAAACAUGUGUGUGGUUAUGGAGGAUUUUUUAUCAUCUGAACGUAGAUCUAGAUCUUGUAAAGGUUCUGUGUCCAGCUUUAUCUGAGUGUGCUAUUCUCAUAUGCUAACCGCUAAUUAGCGGUUAGCCGAUUAGCUUGCCGUGAUUUCAUACUCUAUUAUUAUGACUGUAAGUGUGUUGCUACUUGUGUGUACUUGCUAAUCAGCUGCAUUGUAGUUAGAUAUAAGAUUAGAGAAUUCUGUGUGUUCUAGAAUUUUCUGUGUUUCUUAAAAUGGCAGAUGCAGUCACAGAUAGUGACUCUUAUUUGUGAUUGUCACCAAUAAUUUUACGUUUCAGUGACAACAUUCACAUGACCCUCAUUAGCCCACUGACGUGACGUGACGUGGGAUUGUUUCUGUGGCUAUGCAGCACGUGUUAUUUACUUUAUUAUGCCUUAUGUAUUAUAUGUGAUAUAUUACA